AUGUCUGGUAUUGAACAGAAUAUAAUAAAAGAAGAUGAUCGGAAUGACGUAAAAUUUAGUCAAUCCGUUCAUACUAAACCAUUACAUAACGAAAACUUACACCACGAACAAAAUUUAACUGAAGGUGGUAACACUGCUUUCCACAAUUAUAUUAAUGACUUUGCUCACAUCGAUGAUCCCUUAGAAAGAAGAAGAUUAGCCCUAGAAAAAAUUGAUGAAACUAGUUUUGGUUGGUUACAAAUUAGAACUAUUUUAAUUGCUGGUGUUGGUUUCAUGACCGAUUCUUAUGAUAUAUUUGCAAUUAAUUUAGGUAUUUCUAUGAUGUCAUAUGUAUUCUGGGAAGGUAAUAUGCCAGCUUCAACAUCUACUUUGCUGAAAAUAUCAACAUCUGUUGGUACCGUUAUUGGUCAAUUUUCCUUUGGUUUAGCUGCUGAUAUUUUAGGUCGUAAGAAAAUUUAUGGUACCGAAUUAAUUAUUGUUAUAGUUACAUGUAUCUUACAGUGUACCAUAGGCCCAGCUCCAGGUGUUAAUUUUGUUGCAGUUUUAACUUUUUAUAGAAUUAUCAUGGGUAUUGGUAUCGGUGGUGAUUAUCCAUUAUCUUCAAUUAUCACAUCUGAAUUCUCUACCACUAAAUGGAGAGGUGCUAUUAUGGGCGCGGUUUUCGCUAAUCAAGCUUGGGGCCAAAUCAUGGGUGGUAUUAUUGCAUUAAUUGUUGUCGCUGCUUACAAAGGUGAGAUCGAACAUGCUAAUUCAGGUGCUGAAUGUGAUUAUAAAUGUAGAAAAGCUUGUGAUCAAAUGUGGAGAAUUUUAAUUGGGUUUGGUGCCGUUCCAGGUGUAUUAGCUUUGUACUACAGAUUAACUAUUCCGGAAUCUCCAAGAUAUCAAUUAGAUGUCAAUACAGAACUACAUCAACCAAUUACUUCUUAUUCUUCUAAGGUUCAAGCAAUCGAUAUCCAUUAUGAUGGUAAGGAUACAUCUUCAUCCUCAGAUCAUGAUCUAGAGAGGGGAAUCAAUGUUAAUGCUGUCCAACAAAAGGCUUCAUUUAAAGAUUUCUGUCAUCAUUUUGGUCAAUGGAAGUAUGGUAAGAUUCUUUUCGGUACCGCCGGUUCAUGGUUUAUGGUCGAUAUUGCCUUCUAUGGGUUAUCUCUAAAUUCUGCUGUUAUUUUACAAGCUAUUGGGUAUGCUGGUUCCGGUAACAUUUAUUUGAAACUAUGGGAUUCUUGUGUGGGUAACUUAAUCUUGGUAUGCGCUGGUUCGUUACCAGGUUAUUGGGUUUCUGUUUUAUGCAUUGAUACUCUAGGUAGAAAACCAAUUCAAUUACUUGGUUUUAUAAUGUUAACCAUUUGGUUCUGUGUCAUUGGGUUUGCUUAUCAUAAGAUUCCAUCUAAUGGUUUAUUAGGUCUUUACAUUAUUUGUGAAUUUUUCUCAAAUUUUGGUCCAAAUGUUACAACCUUUAUUGUUCCUGGUGAAUGCUUUCCAACAAGGUAUAGAUCCACGGCUCACGGUAUCUCAGCUGCAUGUGGUAAAAUUGGUGCUAUUAUUGCUCAAACCGCUUUAGGUACUUUGAUUGAUCACAACUGUGCUAGAGAUGGUAAGAAGAAGAACUGUUGGUUACCACAUGUUAUGGAAAUUUUCGCAUUAUUUAUGCUAUGUGGUAUAGUUACAAGUUUGUUUAUUCCAGAAACGACUGGUAUGACUUUAGAAGAGAUUUCUGAAAAAUAUCACGAUGAAGUGGAUCCAACAAAACUGCAACAUGAUAAUGGUGUACUAGAUACAGAUUCCAACGGUACAAUAUCUGACAGUCCACUACCUAAAAAGAAGAAAACAUUCUUUUCUAUAUUUGAUCUAUAA